CAGGUGGUGAUAGAUAUUCUCCUAAAUAAACAAACUAACAAAUAGCGUUAUUACUUAUUAGUAGAAAACGAUGGUUUGAAUGAAUCGUGCCAAUGUGAGCAAUGUUACUUACUAGUUACUAAACCGAAUUUUGCUAGAUAAAUUAUACCCGCGGAGUAUGAUAAGGAUGGUGUGGUCCAGGGGUAAGCAUGAAUUUGGGGAUGGGAUGGGCCCGUGCUCAUCGCUUGAGGUUAUCUCCAGGCCCGCCACAUGGCCCAACCACUGGUUGCCGGCCCAAGUCCCCGCGCCAUCCCUUCAAAACCCCCACCACCCCCCUUGCUCUCUCUCUCCACCGAAUCACAGCCCCCAAAUUCCAUCUCUCCCUCUCGCCCGCGCCUUCCAGCCAUGCCUGACGACCUCGCCGAUGACUUGAAAAGCAUGAGCUUCGACUCUUCGGACCGGUCCGGCUCCGGGACGAUGUCGGCUGGCUCCUCCUCCGGUUCGGGAUCGAGUAUCAGCACCGCAAAGCCCCAUAAGCCCGAUGAUCCAAGCCUGAAGGCGAUCCGGCGGCAGAGAUCCGCAGACACUGGAAAUGAUUCGAUCUCGUUCAAUGAUCUGAGAUUCUUGAAGAGAUUGGGGAGCGGGGACAUAGGGAGUGUGUACCUGGCGGAGCUGAAGGGUGGGGAAGGGAGGGAGAGGUGUUUAAUGGCGGCGAAGGUGAUGGAUAAGAAGGAGCUAGAAGGGCGGAACAAGGAGGGCAGGGCGAGGACGGAGAAGGAGAUCCUGGAGUUAUUAGACCACCCGUUCCUCCCCAGGCUCUAUGGAUGCGCUGAGAAUGAGCGGUGGUCUUGUCUGCUGACCGAGUUCUGCCCCGGCGGCGAUCUCCAUGUGCUUCGCCAGCGGCAACCUGCGAAGCGCUUCGACGAGUCCGCUGUCAGGUUCUACGCUUCGGAAGUGAUGGUGGCCCUAGAAUACAUCCACAUGCUGGGGAUCGUGUACCGGGAUCUAAAGCCCGAAAACGUGCUGGUCCGUUCCGACGGCCACAUCAUGCUCACAGACUUCGACCUCUCUCUCAAAUGCGAGGGUCCCACCAACACCCCCGCCCAGAUCAUCACAGACAAGAACCCGCUCAUCCUCUCCAGCCAUUCCGCCGCCACCGAUCCUCCCCCUUUCGCCGCCGCUUCUUGCAUCCUCCCCGCCUGCAUGGUCCCCGCCGUCUCAUGCCUCCACCCCAAACGCCGCCGUAAGAAGCGGCCCGGCCGCCGUGGCCCUGAACUCGAGUUCGUUGCCGAACCUGUCGACCUCCGCUCUAUGUCCUUCGUCGGUACACAUGAGUACUUAGCCCCUGAAAUUGUCUCCGGCGAGGGCCACGGUUCCACCGUCGAUUGGUGGACACUUGGUAUCCUCAUCUACGAGCUUCUUUACGGGUUUACGCCGUUCAAGGGUGGCGACAACGAGCUCACCCUUGCUAACAUCGUGGCCCGCGCUCUAGAUUUUCCUAAAGAUCCCCCGGUCUCGGUUACUACCAAGGAUCUCAUCACCGGUCUAUUAUCCAAAGACCCAUCUAAGCGACUGGGCUCCACCAUGGGCGCCACCGCCCUCAAACGCCACCCCUUCUUCAACUCUGUCAACUGGGCUUUGCUUCGCUGCACCUCCCCGCCUUACAUCCCCCCAAGUUUCAGUAGCAGUAGUAACAGUCACGACGUCUCGGACGAUAGCGGGCCCGAUGAUAGUCUUGUGGAUUAUUAUUAAAUUUUAUAAUAAUUAAUAAUAAUUUUAUUGAGGGGGAAAAAAAAAAAAGUAAAACGUGGGGCUGGCACGUGAGGUGAGGUGAGGAGGUAAGGUGUGGGGGCGGGAGGGACACGAUAAGCUGAGAGGCGUUGUUGGUUCGCGCCGGCCGUGGACCCAACCCGCGUGCGCUGUCGCGGGGCCGCCCGGGCCAUUAGUUUACAUUUUUUUUUUCUAUUGGUAUAGCCGCUCACAUGAUGGAUGGAUGUAUGCAAUGCAUGGGGAUAGAGGUCUUUCUUCUUUGCUGCUUCUCAUUUAUUUAUCUAAAUGGAUUCUUGCCACA